AUAUGAGUGAAAUUGUGGUUGCAUCUAGAGCUACUGUUGUAUACCAUAGUGGAAGAUAAACAUUAGUUAACUAACCUAACGAAAAUCAUGACUUUCAAGACAUACGAUGACAGUUUCUUUAUACAAGAUCCAGAGUAUAAUGAAAUAACAGAAGAAGAAAUAGAAUGCGAAAUAAACGUAACUGAAGAAAGUGUCAGAUUAUUUCAUAAAAUGAAAGAAGAAUAUACAAGUGCAUUACACCCAGUAUUUACAGUUCAAGAGAUUGUUUAUAACACUGUUUAUAAACCUGUUGAAAUUAAUCAGAUAUCCACCCUGCCACAAGAUGUGGAAAAUUCUCAGAAAGAGCGAAAAUUGAUACAAAAAAAAACUUUGGAAUGCCAAAUUUGCUUCAAAACCUUUUCAACUAACGGGAAUUUAAAGAAGCAUAUUGAUAUACACACAGGAGAUGCUAUUCACAGAAGGAAAUUUCAAUGUGAUAUUUGUGGGAAAAGUUUUGGGAGGAAAUACCGACUAGUUAACCAUGUAAGAUCUCACAACGGCGAUGGUACUUACGAAGAUAAAAAGUUCAAGUUUAAAUGUAAAGUGUGUGGAAAGCUUGUGAAGGAAAAGAGAGAGUUUGAGGAUCACAUGAGAGUCCAUACAGGCGAAAGACCUUUUCAGUGUGAUCUGUGCCACCUCUCAUUCAAACAAAGGAAUUCUCUCAGACGACACAGUACUAUUCACACUGGAGAAUUGUCACACAAAUGUGAAGUCUGUGAGCGAUCUUUUGGACAAAGCCAACAUUUAACUCGCCAUAUGAAAUGUCACAACCCAUCAGCUACGAGAGAAUACAAAUGCGACCACUGUCCAAAAGAGUUCAGUGAAAAGCACCAUCUCGUACGACACGUUCGCCUACAUACUGGUGAAAAACCGUAUAAGUGUGAAUUUUGCGACAAACAAUUUACUUUUCACACAUCUUAUACUAGUCAUCGGAGAAUUCACACGAAUGAAAAGCCAUACGAAUGCAGUAUCUGUAAUAAAUCAUUUACCCAAUUGUCAGGAUUGAAACUGCAUAUGCAUGUGCACUCUGGAGAACCUCGUUAUCAGUGUAAAGAAUGCGGCGAAACGUUUGGCAGGCACAGUAAUCUUAAGAAUGGUACUUCAGUGACAGGAGAAAACGAUGACAGUUUCUUUAUACAAGAUCCAGAGUAUUAUGAAAUAACAGAAGAAGAAAUAGAAGACGAAUUAGACGUAACUGAAGAAAGUGUCAAAUUAUUUUAUAAAAUCAAAGAAGAAUAUACAAGUGCGUUAGAUCUGGUAUUUACAGUUCAAGAGAUUGAAAUUCAUAAACCUGUUGAAAUUAUUAAUCAGAUAGCCGACCUGCCUCAAGAUGUUGAAAAAUCUCAGAAGGAACGAGCCGAGUGUGACAUUCGUCUCAGAAUAUUCUCUGACAGACACACAAUGAUCCGACAUGAAAUGUCCCACACGGGAGUCACAAAAAAACGAAGAAAGAAAACGGAUGUCUGUCAUAAAUCUGGGAAUGCUAUUUCAUUAGGUGAAAUAAUACAAGAUAAAUCUUUGGAAUGCAAAAUUUGCUUCAAAAUCUUUUCAAGGAGCUGGAAUUUAAAAAGACAUAUGGAAGUUCAUACAGGAGAAUCAAUUCGUGAUAAGAAAUUUCAAUGUGAUAUUUGUGGAAAAGGUUUUGAGAAGAAAUACCGUCUAGUGAACCAUGUAAGAUCUCACAAUGGCGAAAUUACUAACGAGGAGAAAAAAUAUAAGUUUAAAUGCGGAGUGUGUGGUAAGCUUGUGCAGACAAAGAGAGAGUUUGAGGAUCACAAGAGAGUCCAUACAGGCGAACGACCUUUUCAAUGUGAUCUGUGUCAUCUCUCAUUCAAACAAAGGAGUCAUCUCAGACGACACAAUCUUGUUCACACUGGAGAUUUAUCACACAAAGGAGGUCCUAUCAAGUGUGAUGUGUGUGGAAAGCUUGUGCAUGGAAAGAGAGAAUUUGAGGAUCACAUGAGAGUCCAUACAUGCGAGCGACCUUUUCAGUGUGAUUUUUGUCCCCUCUCAUUCAAACAAAUGAGUCAUUUCAAACGACACAAUCUUGUUCACACUGGAGACAUAGCACACCAAGAAAAUGCUAUACAGUGUACAAUCUGUGGUCGACAUUUUGGACAACUCCACCAGCUGACUCGCCAUAUGAAAAUUCACAACACAACAGCUACGAAAGAAUACAAAUGUGACCUUUGUCCGAAAGAGUUCAGCGAAAAGCAUCAUCUCGCCCGACACGCUCGAUUACAUACUGGUGAAAAACCUUAUAAAUGUGAUUUUUGUGAUAAACAAUUUACUUUUCACGCUUCUUUCACUUCUCAUCGAAGAAUUCACACCAACGAAAAGCCAUACACAUGUAGUAUAUGUACCAAAUCAUUCACACAAUUGUCAACUUUGAAAUAUCACCUGUAUGUGCACUCUGGGGAACCCCGUUAUAAGUGUAAAGAAUGCGGAGAACAUUUUGGCAGGUACACUUAUCUUCAAAAGCACAGACUAGAAUGUAUAUAUGACAGAAUGACGUUCAGUAAGGACUGUGAAAGUUACACCAUAAAAGAUCCUGAGUAUUAUGAAAUAAUUGAGGAUGAAAUACCAAUAGAGGACGAAAUGCCCGAUAAACGUGAUUUUGAAAACCACAUGCGAGUCCAUACAGACGCACGGCCUUAUAACUGUGAUAUAUGUGACCGCUCCUUCAAACAGAAGAGUCACAUGAGACGUCACAGUCGCGUUCACACUGGAGAAUCUGCCUUAUACAAGGGGAAGAUAAUCCAGUGUGAUAUAUGUGGACGAAAUUUUGGACAAAACCAUCAACUUAUUCGUCAUAUGAAAUGUCACUAUCCCCCUACCAAGAAAGAAUACAAAUGCGACUACUGUCCAAAAGAGUUCACCGAAAAGCAUCAUCUCGUACGACACGCUCGCCUACAUACUGGUGAAAAACCCUAUAAAUGUGAUACUUGUGACCGAAGUUUUACUUAUCAUGCUGCUUAUACUUGUCAUCGAAGAAUUCAUACAAAAGAAAAACCAUACACUUGUAGUCUGUGUGACAAAUCGUUUACACAACUGUCAACAAUGAAGUUUCAUAUGCACGUGCACUCUGGUGAACCUCGUUAUCAGUGUAAAAAAUGCGGAAAGAAAUUUGCGAAGCAUUCUGAUUUUAAAAAGCACAAAAGAGGAUGUACUCAUUAAAAAUGUGAAUUUUAAACGUUGAUUAAAUGUGAUUGUGAUUUACUUUUAAGUCCAAUGGCAAAUAUUUCAUUCAGGUUUAGGACAAAUAUUUCAUUCAGGUUCAGGACUAGCUGAACAAAUCUAAAUCAUAUAUUAAGAUAGCACCAUUUUAGUCACGUGUUUAUUUUGCACGAAAUACAUAAUAUUAAUAUUUUCAACAGAGCAUAAAGAUUGAUGGAUUCUUACGUUCUUAAUAAUCUUACUUCAAAUCUAAUCCUUUGUCCUAUUUUUCCAUGUUGAUGGUAUUAUUUAUGAAGUGUAAAAAUAUUUUGAUAUAAAUGGACACAAAGGCGUUUGACUUAUCAUAGGUCAAAAUAAAAAAGAUACUUGAAAUUUUGGUCUUUUUACUG